AUGUCAGUGGAAGAAGUUAACCGAAUAGAACCAAACGGAUCCACCGCACUUCAUGUAGCUGCAUAUCGAGGACAUGAGAAGAUUGUUGAACUGUUACUACAGAAAGGUGCUAGCUGUUUAACAACAAAUAAAUAUAAUUGUACUCCCUUUGAUGAAGCUAAAACUGAUAGAAUAAAGCAGCUAAUACGCCGUCGCAUGGGUCAGAAGCGUUUCGUCAGUGACACCAUCGAGUGGAUUCUUCCAACAACUGAUGCCGAUUACCAAGCACAUGAAUAUUUUAAAAAAUUAGAAUCAUAUGGCAAAGAUCCGCAAUUUUAUAAAUUGAUUGCUUUUAUAAAACAAAAUUAUCUUGAAAAGGAAUUACGAGAUGUUGAUGGUAUCAAUACAGUAAGAGAAUAUUUCAAUAUGGCAAUCAAUGAAAAAGAUCCCGAUUAUUUAUUAACAGCAUAUACAGCUGAGACAGGUUUUUACUCUAUGUUAAAUGUUCAUCUGGCACAAUUACAACUUGAAAAAUUGACUGAUAAAGAGAAUCUGAGUCGAGCGUACUAUAUUGGGAUAAUUGCUCGUCAUCCACAAUUUGAGACAUUAUCAUACAUCGGCGAAGUAUUUCGCGGCAUGAUUAUGACAACUGAUGAUGUAAAGAACUACAAGGUCGGUACACGCAUAUUAACUAAAACGUUUUCUUCGUCAUCAAAGAACAGGAACGUAGCAUCCACUUUUCAUCACGAAAACGUCGAUACAGAUGAUCGACUAAGUACUAUAUGCAUAUAUGAAAUACGUAAUAAAAGAACUGCUUUGGCCAUUCAACAUUUAUCAUUAUUUGCAUAUGAAGAAGAAGUAUUAAUUCUGCCCUAUUCGGCGUUUAAAAUAAUUGAUGUUGAACAAAACAAAGAUCGUUCGCCUCAAGUUAAAAUAAAGCUGAGAGAAUGUGAACCAUGGGUAGAUAGUUCAUCAUUGACAUGUUUUCCAUUAUCUCGAUGGCUAAAAAAUGAAUAUCAACCGAAACAUAUAUGGAUUGGUUUAUUUAAGUUAAUUGAACAACUAAAGACAGAACAAAGUCCGAAUCAACAAUAUGAAAUUGAACGUUUAGAAAUACUCUUAGACUUUCUUCGUUACAUUUCUCGUAAACAUGAUAUUCUACCAUUUUAUUUUCAACUACUCAAAUCAUUUCUGAAAUCAUCAACAACAUCACUACGAACUCUUCCAUAUCCUGAAUUCACACGUUAUGAAAACAUUCAGGAAACAUCUGUUCAAUCGCAUCGUAUUAAUUUUCCAUCAAGACUUUACCCAAAUAAUCGAGAAAAAGCUUUACAAGAAAUUCGAAGUUGUUUUAUGAAUAAUCGUGAGUAUACAAAUAACACUUUUCCAAAAUGGCGCAUCAACACAUAUCAAAUCGAUAAUUUAUUUAAAUCCUGGCGUGCCAAUGGUGUACUUUGUUCAUUUCUAAAUAAUAUUCAGAACCACAUUCAAUUCAUUACAAUUAUUCCAUUAAAUAGUGAAAAUUAA